AUGUCCGCUAACCUGAAAUCUUUAGAAUCUUAUUCAUCGAUGGCCGAUAACACUUCUAACAACAGUCCCGUGAAUUUGCUGUCGCUUGAUGGCGGUGGGAUACAUGGGGCAUCUCAGCUCAUCAUUCUCGAUGAGAUCAUGAAGCGUAUCCAAGCAAAGAAGCAAUUGACCGAGGUGCCGAAACCUUGUGAGUAUUUCCAUCUCAUUAGAGGUUCCGGUACUGGAGGUCUCAAUGCAAUCAUGCUGGGUCAACUGAAGAUGUCAGCUGAAGAUGCACUGCAAAACUAUAACAAACUUGCAGCUGCUGUAUUCAGCUCUGACAACCAUAAACCAUUUUACAAGGAUGGAAAGUUCAAGGCAAGUACCUUGGAAGCACAGAUCAAGGAGAUUGUCAAGCAUAGCCAUGGGGGAUAUACUGGAGAUGAGAGUUUGCUUGAUCCAGAUGCAGGAAAGGACUCAAGUGGCAAUGUGUUUGUCUGUGCCAAAACUAUUGUCAAUGUGGAAUCCCCACAACGAUUUCGAACAUAUGUGGGACUUCCCAAUCAAGGCCCAGAUUGCAAGAUCUGGGAGGCUGUCCGAGCUACAACUGCAACUCCAACCAUUUUUAAGUCCAUCAUGAUUACUGAUCCAGGAGAGAUCAGUUCUUUAUAUAUGGAUGCAGGUCUUGGUCAUAAUAAUCCUUCGAAGGAAGUCAGAGAGGAGGCAAUGCAGCUAUUUGGUAGUGAUUGCCAUCUUGAGGUGUUUCUCAGUAUUGGUACAGGUCAUCCUGGAUCUAAUGGGUUUCAGCGGCCAAAGAAUAUAGAGAAGAUUCUAUCUCUGCAGCUGAUAAAAACUAUUACAAAUAUUGCUAUUGAUUGCGAGUCUGUUGCUUUUGACUUUGCUAGACAAUAUAACAACAGUCUAGGAAUAUACUUUAGAUUCAAUGUCAUGUAUGGAACUGGAGCAUUGAAAGUAGAUGAUUGGCAGAGAGGGGGAGAUGUUUUAGCUCAUACAAAUGCCUACCUGAGAGAUUCUGAUGUAGUUAAAAUGAUUGACAAACUUGGAAAGACCUCACACAUUAAGAAUAUUUGGUAG